AUGUCUAACACGACACAAUUAUUGACCGAGUUCCCAGAGCUAUCUCAUCUCUCGCGCGAGGAUUUGGAAGAUAUGCUAGUCGAUCCAGCGUAUUUCCAAGCUGUUUUCCACACUUUAACCACGGUGAAGGAGCUCUACCGAGCCCAAGCUGAGCUCGGUCUUGCAAACGAGUCUAUAGCUAAACAGAACCUGUCCGUCCAGGAUGAGGUGUACAGGAUGAGGUCUGAAACCAAAGAUGCCUUCGAUGAAGCUAAGGCAUUGGAAGCGAGAUGGGCCGAAUUGGAACGAGAGCAGAAGGAGGUUUUUCAGCGUUUUAAUCCGCAAUUUUUGCUCAUGCGAUUGAGGCACGCGACAACUGCACAGGAUGAUCUCUCCGAGGCUCUUGCGUCUACAUUUGUCAGAUCAUCAGCAUCCGAGGUCCCCUCGCCAUCUACGAACGGCAAGGAUGUGGAUGACUUCGUGAAAGAGUUUCGAGAAUUGAGAAAGACAUAUCAUAAAAGAGUCAUGUGGGGCGAUCGUUGGGCUGCAGGACAAGUUGCAUGGAGAGAUGACUAG